AGACAUACUGUUGAUAUAGAAAUACAAGAUAAUUAUAGUGAUACAUGUUUUAGAUAUGAUAGAUAUACUGUAGAUAUGGUGUAUAGAUAUAGUGAAACCUAGAUACUGAAGCCAUGUUCGCUCUAUAUGCCACAGCUCUCCUCUGCUUCCUGUCUUCGAGCCAAUCAGCUCCUGCUGCUGCUCUAGGCUGUGAGGACCUCCUUAAGCCCAUGGAUCCACAACGACUAGACCAGCAGCUCUUGGGAAGAUGGGCCCUCAUCGUAGACAGUAGAGAAGACAGUCACCAUGGAGUUUACAUCUGCUACCAACACCAGAACCGGAACCGGCAUGGCGGCUGGUGCAAGUAGUGUAUAUACCCGACAGCAUCCCCAUUGUCAACGGCAACAGCACCUUCCAGUUAGACAUGAGGGGCUUUUGGAACAUCACUGGGGUCUCCCUGGAGACCUCCUGCCCAGACUUCCUGGUGAUGAGCCAAUCAGCUCCUGCUGCAGCUCUAGCCUGUGAGGACCUCCUUAAGCCCAUGGAUCCACCACGACUAGACCAGCAGCUCUUGAGGAAAUGGGCCCUCGUCGCAGGCAGCCUGAGCCACCCUGCAUCCCUGGAGAGUCUCAAGACCAGAGACGGCAUCACCAUGGAGUUUUCACCCUCCACCCCCAACACCACCCAGAACUCCAACACCACCACAACCGUCCACUACACCCAGACUAACCGUUUCGGCAGCCGAUGCGAGUCUCUAACCUACAAUAUCUCACUCAUCAACGACAACAGCACCUUCCAGUUCGACGUGGGGGGCCGAUUCAACCUCACUGGGGUCUUCCUGGAGACCUCCUGCCCAGACUGUCUGGUGAUGAAGUGGGAGGUGAGCUCCAGGAGGAGGGAGUCCACGGACCUGUACCUGCUGAGGAAGACGGAGGGUGGGAGAGAGGUGGAGGAAGAGGAGAUGGAAGAGUUCAGGAAACAGGUGGAGUGUAUGGGGCUGCCGCCGCCAGUGGUGAUGGAGCCGGGGGAUGCCCUCUGUGGUUCCUAUCAGCUCCCCUGGAAACACUGAGGACGAGGAGGAGACGACGAAGCUCGAUCAGAGAGUGGGGGCCGUGAGACCGAUGUAGAGACACGUUUUCUGUCAUCUGUUUUGUAAUCCAAUAUUUCUGUGUUUACUGUUUGUCGAUGACCUGUAGAAUUUUGAGGGGAAAAAGAUGCACGAUUUGUCAUAUUAUUCUGUCUUCUUUGCUUCUUUAACAGAUGUAAUUACGUUCACAGACUGAUUUAAUGUCCCAGAGUUGAAGCUAAUUCACAGAGACAGUGGGAUCCAGCGGGAAUGUCGGGACGUCAUUAGGACUCUAUGCACAAUGGGAAAGAAAAGUCUUUUAUAAUUGGAUUACUUUUGUAUAAUUUGGCAUAACCUCAUUUGUCCAUGCAUUAAAGUUCUCAUACUGUUAAUUCUCAGAUUAAACUGGAUGGAACAGUGAA